CCUACCUUGCGCUUGACGUGUCGAGCUAUUCUAUAGUUUAAAAUUAUCCUCAAUUUUUUUUUACCACAAGUUGAAUAUCGAUAUCAUACUGUAUACAAUAUUUUUAUCAACGAGUGACAAGAUUUGUAUACGUUUGUAUAGCGUAUACAUGUCUAUUUUUGCUGAAUGUUUUGGAUUAGUAAAAAAUAGACUAUAGUAGACAGUAAUAAUUAUAAUAAUAUAUAUAUAUAUAUAUAUAUACAUUGAAACAUCGGCGGUGGUCGAUGAGACCCGUUCGUUAUCGAUAGAAGAAAAAUAAAACACAUUUUCACUGCCCUGUAGCCUGCAUUGUCAGCAUAUUAUUACCACUAGUGACCUUUAGCUGUGCAUUAAAGAAUAAAUGAAAUAGUUCUACAAACGGAUAAAGCAAAACAAUGUUGUCGCUUCUUAGUAGCGCUAACAACUCUACAUCUUCAUUUACAGUACACUAUCAUGGAGUAGAUGUUGAUUUAUGGUUGUGGAUGACAUGGCUUCUCUGGCCAUUGAUCGUCACAUUUCUGUUACCGCUAACUAUAGUGCUGUUAUUCUAUAUCACAGGAGUUAUAUUAUAUAUCUACAAACUCCACAGGGAAAGACUUAUUAAUGCAUACGAAAACAAUUUUUGGGAUGGUGCGUUGCAUACUGUUGCUGCAUUUUGGGAUGCCCAUGGAUGGAUUUGGCAUGGUUAUGAAGUUAAUGGCUUGGAAAAUGUACCAAUUGACAGUCCUGCACUUUUAGUUUAUUAUCAUGGUGCUAUUCCUAUUGAUUUAUAUUAUAUGAUCUCAAAAAUAUAUUUAAUGAAAGCAAAAUUAGUGCACACUGUAGCUGAUCAUUUUUUAUUUAAAUUGCCUGGUUGGUCAAUAAUAUCUGAACCAUUAAAAGUUAUACCGGGUACUGUUCAGUCUUGUUCAGAAAUAUUAAAACAAAAUAAUCUAUUAGCAAUUUCACCAGGAGGUGUUUAUGAAGCACAAUUUGGAGAUAGGUACUAUAGACUAAUGUGGAAGAAACGUUUAGGUUUUGCUAAAGUGGCUAUUGAUGCUAAAGUUCCAAUCAUACCAGUUUUUACGCAGAAUCUCCGUGAAGCUUUCCGUUCGAUUGGAAUAGGUCGUCGGUUCUGGUUAAGAAUAUAUCUAUGGACUAGAUUGCCGAUUGUUCCAAUUUAUGGUUGGUUUCCUGUUAAACUGCGUACACAUAUUGGCAAACCAAUACCAUUUGAUCCAAAUUUGUCAGCUGAAGAAUUGCAAAAAAAGGUGGCAAGUGCAGUAGAAGAACUAAUAAGCAAACAUCAGCGUAUACCUGGAAAUAUAUUAAGAGGGCUGUUGGAACGAGUGUAUACACCAUCAAACAGUACUAAAAAAAAAAUUUGACAUCACGUAUUGCUCAACGAUGAGGAAAAUGAACAAUCGAUUAUUGAUGGUUGUUGUCAUUGUAUUUAGACUAUGUAUUUAAUUUCAGUAUUUAUUUUAUUGUACAUAUUAUAGAAAACGAUUUUAUGGUAUUAAUUUAAAAUAUUUAAUUAAUCAUAAGGUAACAAAAUGUACCAGGACGCAUUUAUGCAUAGUAAUUUUAUUGAAGUUUGGGAGAGACAUACUCAAUCUUAAAUUGAAAUAUAAUUAACAAUUAUUAUUAAUUAUAUAAGGAAUUUAAGUUUGAGACUUAAAAAAUGUAUUCUAUUAUAUAAAAUAUAAAUUUAAGUGUCCAAUACCUACUGAUUAUUUAAUAAGUUUAUAUUUAAAAGACAUUUUCACAUUCUGUUGUCUUGACAGUAUCUACAAUUUAAAUUUAGUUUACCAAUAACCUUAUGUGAACAAAGUACUAUUUUAGGAUUUU